UCAACUUGCCCGUAAGUAUUUGUCUGUUCCUGCGAUAUCAGUUCCAUCUGAAUGCUUAUUUUCCGAUACUGGUGCCCAUAUUUCAGCAAGAAGAACUCAUCUUUCUCUGGAUUUAGUUAAUCAGAUGUUGUUCUUAAAAAGAAAUAGUAGUAAUUUUUCAAUUUUUCCAUCAGAAAAUGAAUAG